AUAAUUUCGUAGUUUUUACAGCUACCAUAAGUGUAAAAGCACGAAGCAUCAUUUUGACGUGUUAUUAUUGCAUAGUGCACUUAAACUAUGGCUCACAUUUUGGUUCAAUACUUGCUUGAUUCAUUUGACUCAAACCUGCACUGCUCAAUCCAAUGAAACAGUGCACAUUGUUCACAGCACCUGUAUUGCAGAGGGCAGAUGACUUAUUUAUUGUUUCCUUUUUCUGGGAGUGAUGUCUGGACCAAGAGUGGUGGUUUUCCCCUCAGUGGCCGAGCUUGGAUCCACUCUGGCCCAGCUGGUGUCCUCUCGAGCAGAGAAAGCUCUCGGCACAGGUGAAAGCUUCUCCCUGGGCCUUUCAGGAGGGAGUUUGGUGUCCAUCCUGAGUAAGGAGCUGCCUGCUGUCCCGAGCCUAGACUGCAGCAGAUGGCUCAUUGGGUUCUGCGAUGAGAGACUCGUUCCAUUCAGUGAUCCUGAGAGCACUUAUGGCUUAUAUAAGAAUCAAUUGUUUGAGAAAAUCAACAUUCCAGAAGAUAGGAUUUUGGCUAUAGAUCCUUCUUUACCGGUGCAAGAAUGUGCUGAUGACUAUGCUGGCAAACUGAGCAAGGCUUUUAACACGGAGCAAAUUCCAGUUUUUGACAUGCUGUUGCUGGGAAUGGGACCAGAUGGACACACCUGCUCUCUCUUUCCAGAUCAUCCUUUAUUACAGGAAAGCCAGAGGACAGUGGCACCCAUCUCUGAUUCCCCCAAACCACCGCCUCAGCGUGUAACUAUGACAUUACCCACGGUUAACGCUGCUCGAUGUGUAGUGUUUGUGUCAACUGGGGGCAGCAAAGCUCCUGUACUCAAGCAAGUAUUGGAGGGUGGAGAAGGCCCUGCACUUCCAGCAGCUCUGGUCGCACCUAGACAGGGAGAACUCUUCUGGCUAGUGGAUGAGCCAGCAGCUGCCUCCCUCACGUCUCAGGUGGAGAGGCCAGGUCCUGGGGCAAAACUCUGAACAUAGGAGAGAGAACUUGUGGAAGCACGGUCUAGUUUUCCUAUGGAGUUCUUAAUAAGCCCUAUGUUUGCAAAGAUUUUUUCUUCACAGCACUUAAGAAAAUUUUCAUUAUCAUUGCUAAUUACUGCAGUUAUUGUUACUACUGUAAAACUAUUAUAGGCUCUAUGAAGCUUUCAGAAUUUUUCUUUUUUUUUUUUAAAUAAGACUAUUCACUAAUACUACGCUACCAUAGCUUUAUUAUAACAACAAUGACUGUUGAAUCUAUGGUAUUUUGAUGAAAUACCAUGGUUACCUUUGUAAAUUUUUGUUAGAUGCAAUCUGAAUCUGUUAUUUAAAAAUUGCCCAAAAAACGGAAUAAAAUUUUAAGAGGUUAAUAUCCGUUCUGCACUUUUCCAUUUUGGUUGUAUUUCAUGCAUUGUGUCUUAUGGAAGCCCAUUUUC